CCUGGCAUUUCCCAGGUUUCACAGAAGCUGCCUGACUUGGAACAAGUUACCAUGACCAGCCAGUCUCAGGGAAUCAGCCAGCUCCUUCAGGCAGAGAAAAGGGCAAAAGACAAGCUAGAGGAAGCCAAAAAAAGAAAAGGAAAACGAUUGAAGCAAGCUAAGGAAGAAGCAAUGGCAGAAAUUGACCAGUACAGAAUGGAGAGAGACAAGGAGUUGCAGCUGAGACAGUCCCAGAUAAUGGGCUCUCAGAGUAAUAUCUCAGAUGAAGUAGAAGAACAAGCCCUAGAGAAGAUACAAGAGCUGAACAGAAGCUACAACAAGUAUAUGGAAAGCGUGAUUCAACAGCUUUUGAGCAUGGUAUGUGACAUGAAGCCAGAAAUUCAUACAAACUACAGAAUCACCAAUUAAAUAUACAUCAUACAGUAUAAUAAAUGGUGUAAUAAAUAAAUCCUACUUGCUUGU